AUGUCACACCCUACACUUGUUGUAUUAGUUAAUCAAUGCUUUCAUGAUGAAAAAUGUGCCAAAAAAUCCACUACCCCCCAAAACCUCCGGGCGCAUUUAAAGACUGCGCAUCAUUUCGUUUUGCCCAAUCAGAUCAGGCGCAUGCGACGAUAUAACAAUAAUUCCUUUUGUUAUCUACGCAAUGCGUCCAAAGAUGAAUGCGUUAAAAUCCACUUUGCAUGCCCUUGUUGCGUCGCACACUUCGAGGCUCUGAUUUAA